AUGCUCACAUUCAAUGUUCUGAUUAAUAAAACAACGCUGAUUAAAAGAGAGCUUGUAAAAAUAAUUCAUUUAAUAUCUCUGUCUCGUGCAUCGCACGAGAACGUAUGCUCCACGUGGCACGCCACGUCGUGGUCCGAUCUCCUAUGGCGCCACCUCACCCAACGCAUCUGGAACGUCGGUACCCUCCUCCGCGACACCUGGCGGGACGAGUACAUCCACCGCCACCGAACCGCCAACAACUUCCGACUGAGCCGCGCGGCCUACGCCCCUCUCUACUUCUACCCGACGGCCAACAACGAGAACAACGACGGUCUCGCCUGCCGCCGCCUAGCCCUCUCCGAACGUCGCCUGGCCGCCGGAUUCGCCAACGGGGCGGUCCACCUUUACCGGCUCCCGGACGAGGCCCACCUCUCGGCCUUCCACCCGCCGUCCCGCCAGGACAGCAGGCUCGGCCGGUUCUCAAGCGCCGUGGCCGGGAUUGUCCUGACAGACGCGUGUCUCGUUUUCGCCACGCUGGGCGGCGACGUCCACGUCGCGAACCUGGGUGGUGACGGCGUGGGGCCCACGCCGCCACUGAGACGGGCGCACGUGGGCGAUGUGGUGAAUGACGGUGUACCAGGCCAUGGGUUGCGCGUAUGGAAUAGAGUAACCGAGGAGCUCGUUUUUGUUGGUGGCACCUUAACAGACCCGGAGGCAGUUACGGGGUGGCACAUGCUGACUGAGCCUACACAACUAAUCGGUCGGGUUCGCAUAACAAGCCACGGCAUGGCCGUGGCAUGCACCAGCGUUAGACUCAUAGUCUUUGACUUGGAAAAUCAUAUAGGGAUGAUAUUAGGAGAGGAGGAGUUUCAUAGGGAAAUGAUUGUGGGCUCGUUUGAUGCGGUCAACGAGUCAACACUGAUGGUCGACGUGCGUGGGUCGGCAACUGUUCGAAGGGUUCCUAAUUUAGAGGAGUCGUGUGGGUUCCUAGUGAGAGGAAGUCGGGUAGGUUUAGGGGAGGUUUUGGGGAGUAUGAAUGGUGGGUAUGGGGUGGUGUUGGUUAAUGGGGUGGUGAAAGUUUGGGAUAUUCAGGUUGGUAGAUAUUUGUACAGAUUUAGGGAAACAAUUGGUGAUUGUAGUGCCCUAGUGACGGAUGAUAGGUAUGUGGCCGCUUAUUCAACUGAUGGGACUAUACAUUUAUGGGACUUCGGGGCUUAG